CGUCUAUUUCUGUCGUCUACGCACCCAUAAUGGCGGUACGCUUUUCGGCAUCGAGCCACGGCUUUUCUGGGCUAACAUCAAUCAACUACAGAUCCCCUGGCCUCAAAUCGUGUUGUUUGGUGAUUCCCUCUUCCAAGGCGCCGCAGGUCUCCUAGGGGCCUUCUCCUUCCAGGCCGCCCUCCAGUCCCGUAGGUGGCUCAUCCACGGCAGUCACCCUCCUCUCGGCUUUCAAGGCUGACACAGUCUCCGAAUACAUCAGUCUGUGUUCGUCGCCUUGAUGUUAUCAACCGAGGGCUAUCGGGCUACAAUACCUCAAAUGCGCUGCAGCUCCUGCCCCAAAUCAUCGCCCCGCCUAGAGAAGGGGACCCCAAGAUUGCGUACCUCGUAAGCUCCGCUCCAAGCGCUCUUUGUUGAGUCCUGGGAGUUGACUUACCAUGUGCGCCCAGUUUAUCCUCUUCGGAGCCAACGAUGCCUGCUUGCAGUUGCCUGUGUGCAACCAGCAUGUGCCUCUGGACAAGUUCAAGGAGAAUCUCACCAAUAUCAUCAGGCAUCCCAACAUCACAGCGCACAACCCCAAGAUCUUCUUAGUGACGCCACCACCUCUUGAUGAGAUCCGUAUCACUCAGAUCGAUCUUGCUUCUGGGCAUUCGGCCGCCACGAGACGGGCCAAGAUCAGCGCGUCUUAUUCCGAAGCCGUUCGCCAGAUUGCUGCCGAGCACCCGGGCGUGACCUUGAUUGACCUCUGGAAGGCCCUGAUGGACAGGGCCGUCGCCAAGACUCCCGGAUUCGACCCCCAGAAAGGGCCCUGUCUUGGAGACCCUGAAAGCGGACAGCGAGGGUACUUAGAGCACCUCCUGCCCGAUGGCCUGCACUUGAGCGGCGAGUCGUAUCGGGUCUUCUUUGACCUGGUGAAACCUCACGUUGACUCGGAAUGGGCUGGCUUCCCCGAGGCGGAUAGAGUUGGUUACAUAUUACCCGAUUGGAAGACGGCGCCGUGGCUUGACGAUUAAACCAGGUUUGCACAUCGGUACGAGCCAACAUGUACAGAUAUUUUAGAAGGAGUCGCGGAGUUUCAUCAGAUGAUUUUGGCUUGACUGAAGCUACGGCGUGUGUGCGAACCUCGCCUCGUGCCUGGGCAGAUAACGCAGCUGAAGAUGACAUUGGAACAGGUUUGCCUCGCU